CGGCCCCGGGCUUCCUGCUGCCUCUUUCCCGGGACCCGCCGCCAUGGGCCGCGUUCGCACCAAGACCGUGAAGAAGGCGGCGCGCGUCAUCAUCGAGAAGUACUACACGCGCCUGGGCAACGACUUCCACACCAACAAGCGCGUGUGCGAGGAGAUCGCCAUCAUCCCCAGCAAGAAGCUCCGCAACAAGAUCGCCGGGUAUGUCACGCACCUCAUGAAGCGGAUCCAGAGGGGCCCGGUGCGCGGCAUCUCCAUCAAGCUGCAGGAGGAGGAGCGCGAGCGGCGGGACAACUACGUGCCCGAGGUCUCGGCCCUGGACCAGGAGAUCAUCGAGGUGGACCCCGACACCAAGGAGAUGCUGAAGCUCCUGGACUUCGGCAGCCUGUCCAACCUGCAGGUCACGCAGCCCACGGUGGGCAUGAACUUCAAGACGCCGCGGGGCGCCGUGUGACGCGCCCUCCCGCCCCCCAAUAAACUUUGGAAAGCGGCUUCGCCUUGUGGUCUGUGGGCGC